CUCCGCCUAUGAGACGCCGGCCCUCCGCGCGCGUCCUCGUGGGCACGUACAGCCUCCCUGCGCGCACUCUGGGCGCGGGCGGCGGCCCCAGCGGCCGGGCCGCGGAGCGGGGGUGGAGCCCGGGGGGCUGCAGUCCGGGGUCCUGGGGUUUCCAGCUCGGCAGCGGCCGCGGUAUUCACGGCCCCGGAACCUCUCCAGACGACUGCGCGGCGCCGCCUCUUCCAGCGGCCAGAGUAAUACAAAAAAGAAUGAAAGAAGUAGAUAAUGUUGAAAGUAUAAAAGAAGAAUGGAUUUGUGAAGCCAGUUCUGACAACCAGCCUCUCAGUGAGAACCAGCAGACCAACUGUGACCAUCUUGUUGACAGCCUUUUUGAGGAAGCUCAGAAGCUUGGUGCCAAGUGUUUGUCUACCAGUGAACAAAAGAAACAGGUAGAUGUAAGUAUAAAAUUAUGGAAAAAUGGAUUCACCGUCAAUGAUGAUUUCAGAAGCUAUUCUGAUGGGGCAAGUCAGCAGUUUCUGAACUCCAUCAAGAAAGGGGAAUUGCCUUCAGAAUUGCAGGGAAUUUUUGAUAAAGAGGAAGUAGAUGUUAAAGUAGAAGAUAAGAAAAAUGAAGUGUGUCUGUCAACGAAGCCUGUGUUCCACCCCUUCUCAGGACGGGGCCACAGGCUGGGAAGCGUGACACCAAAAAUUGUUUCUGAAGCAACGAGUAUUGAAGUUGAGACGAAAAGUCCAUUGUCUCCAGUCCCACCGAGCAACCUGGGGCCCCUCACCAGUGUGCAGAUCUGGCUCGCCAAUGGGAAGAGGGUUGUCCAAAAGUUUAACGUCUCUCACAGGGUAAGCCACAUCAAAGACUUCAUCGAGAAAUACCAGGGGUCCCAGAGAAGCCCUCCCUUUUCUCUGGCAACAGCUCUUCCUUCUCUCAAGUUGCUUGAUGAAGCCCUCACGCUGGAGGAAGCACACCUACAGAAUGCUGUGAUUAUCCAGCGACUCCAAAAAACCACUGAACCUUUUCAAGAACCUUCAUGACAUCGAUUCUUUUAUAUGCCAAGUAGCAAGACUGCAGAGAACUGCUGGUCACAGGGGCACAUUGAUGCCAAGAUGAAGGGAAAUUUUUCAGAUUUGCCAGACCUCUGGCUCACAUACUGCCUCACUGUCCCCCAGGAGAAGGGUUUUAAGUAAGUCCCAUCAAGGAAGUUAUAUUGAAUGCACUUUUUUUGCAAAAGGCUACUCAGAAAGACAGACUUAUUUCUAAAUACCAUGUAAUCACCGUACAGUAUGCUAAGUAUCUGUGUCAUUUAGAAUCUUAAGAUGGUGCAAAUUAGCAAAUAUGUCCCAGCUAUCACUCAUUCAGACAUCAUUCCCAGACUUCAGUGGUUUAUCUCAAUGUUAGCUAUCUCAGAUUUCAGAAAUCACAAUACAUUCCGAAAAUGUGUGGCACGUUAAGAGAAUGGACAGAAUUGUUUUCUGGCUGAUGUGCAGUCGUAAGACCGAAAGGAAUAAUCUCACCUCAGCUUUGCCUAAACCUCAAAGUGUUCUUGAUUCACAUUCUUGAGUUAAUAUUCAAGGUGUACUUUAAUAUUAGUCUGUAUCAGGUCUGUAUUUUCACUUAAGGAUCAAAUUAGGUAGGUGAGAAUAGGGUCAUAUCAAUCUACCUACUUUUACAUUUACAAAAAAAGAACAUUACUUUCCUGAAACUGUAGUCCAUUCCCUAUUUUAUUUAUUCUUUUUUUUUUUUUUUUUUUACCACAGCACUGCUCAGCUCUGGCUUAUGGCAGUGUGGGGGAUUGAACUUGGGACUUGAGAGCCUCAGGCAUGAAAGUGUCUUUGCAUAACCAUUAUGCUAUACCCCCACCCACCGUAUUUUAUUUCUUUAAAAAAAAAGUCAGUGUCCAUCUUAGCUAACAUUUGGAGGGCACCAUCCAUCUACUUGCCGGCACUAAGAAUCUUCUGCUUCUGUGGCCACGUUGCUAACUGAAUAUUUUCCGGGUGCAUCACUUAAAGUUAGCUUUUCCGUUUCUGUCCAGCAGGAUCAACCUGUAUCCUCUCUUUAAAGAGAAUGAAUAUUGCAUUCAGGUUAAUCACCAGAGAAGAAUAUGUUGUUUAGAUCUUAGGCUUUUAAGUACAACUGGCCAGAUCCGGUUAUCUCACUGUCAGAUUAAGCCCCUUUGUCUGGAAAAUUAAGUUUAGGAAGCAUUUUUGCAAAUGGUCGAAUUUUGCAAAGUGAAUCAGAUUUAACAUGAACUAGGCACUGAGUGUGUUGGGGGCUAGAUGGCUACCAGCCGGAUAGCAGAAAUGUCCAAGGGCCUUGGAGGGCUGCUAGAAAGAGCAGUUCUCACACUUAAUUUAUGUGGGUUGUAUGUAUUAAUGUAAACACAUGUUAGUAUAAAUAGCAUUUAUAUAUAAAAUGAUUCAGCGUGUAUUAAUGUAAACACAUGUUAGUAUAAAUAGCAUUUAUAUAUAAAAUGAUUCAGCGUGCAUUAAUGUAAACACGUUAGUAUAAAUAGCAUUUAUAUAUAAAAUGAUUCAGCGUGCAUUAAUGUAAACACGUUAGUAUAAAUAGCAUUUAUAUAUAAAAUGAUUCAGCAUGUAUUAAUGUAAACACAUGUUAGUAUAAAUAGCAUUUAUAUAUAAAAUGAUUCAGUGAUAACAGGCCUUGUUAGGAAAAGAGGGAGGUAUUACAUUUGAUUUCUGUCAGACUUAAGAGGGGACAAGUGGAAUAUCCUAUUUGCUUGUACGUUCAGUCUGUUACUCCACCACCAUCACGCGGAGUACCGUGUUGCUGUACAUUCAUGAGAGAGAACGAACAAACACCAGAUAAUGUCUUAGUGUGGCGAUGGAAAUUGUCUUCACCUUGUGGAAUCCCUGAAAGAACCAGACCUAUGGAGCAGUAGUUCACAAUGAUUUCCAAAUCUCAGUGUAAAAACACUUGGGAAGCUUUCAAAACUGCCUGCUUAGGAUACAGCUAAUGGUUUAGUGCCAACUUCACAUGUGUGAGAUCCUGGCUUCAGUACCUGGCAUGACCAAAAGAAAAAGGGGGGGGGGGAUAUGCUUGUUUCUGCUGCUACCUAACACUCAGGUUCUGAUCCACUGUCUCUGGGAUGGGCACCAGACUCGAGUGAUUUUUAGUUGAACGAGUCAUGAGGAAAUUCUGCACUGAACCUUAACGAUGGCAGACCUGUUUCACCACAGCUGGUAAAAAAAAAAAAGUCUACUGAAAGGAGACUUGUACCUUGCCAGUUUAUAACUCAUCCCCCCCAACCCCCUUCUUUUGGUUUGUUGUAUUAUCAGAGUGGCUUGUGGUGCUGGGAAUUGAACGUGGGACCUCUGGCAGAUUUUUGUUGUGUUUUUCUUUUUUUAUGAAAGACUUUUUGAAUAAUCAUGCUGCCUCCCACUUAGACUGUUCCCCUUUAACUCUGAACUAAUCAUGACAUCCACUUGUGCUUUAUUUUGAAUAAGCAAAGCUGAGAAAAGAUAGAACACUUGAAUAUGCUUUUGACUGAAGACUCAGGAAUAAUAAAAAGGGAAAUAUGUACAUAACUGCGUGAACUAUCCUAGAACAUUUCUUCUGCUUGAGAUGCAUUUUAAGAAUAUCUCUCUUCUUAGCUCCCAGCUUCGUACACGAUACUGUCCUUUCACUAGGGAAAGAAAAGGGAGGACAAGAGAGAGCCUAAAAAAAGAGAGAGAGAGCCUUUUCUGUAUACCAUUUACCCUCAGUCUUAACAAAUAAAUGUUUUUGUGAGCGCCAUGUACAGUCAGUUGUGUUGGCGCUCUCUCUAGUGAAACAAAAAUAAAGAUGUUCUUUACAGUAUGAGAUGAUAAAAAUCAACAGAUUUUUCUUCUAGAUAGAAAUACCAUAAAAUGAUGUAUUUUCAAGAACCAGUAAGGAAAUGUCUUUUUUUUUUUUUUCAAUUUAUUUAUUCCCUUUUGUUGCCCUUGUUUAUUGUUGUAGUUGUUACUGAUGUCAUCAUUGUUGGAUAGGACAGAGAGAAAUGGAGAAAGGAGGGGAAGACAGGGGGAAGGAAAGAGAGACACCGGCAGACUUGCUUACCUCCUGUGAAACGACUUCCCUUAGGUGGGGAUCCUGGGGCUUGAACCGGGAUCCUUACGCCGGUCCUUGCACUUUGCGCCGUGUGUGCUUAACCCGCUGCACUACCAUCCGACUCCCUGUAAGGAAAUGUUUUAUGUAGGCUUCUCAUGAAACAGUUUCUAAUGCUCUUUUCUACAUGCACAGUCAACAUGUGAUUCUCCGUUUAUUUCUACAAAGGUGCGUGUCAGUGGAGAUGUCUUCCUUCUACCUAUAGAAUAGCCCCUUGUUUGGUUUUUCCACUUUAUAAAUGAGCCAACCAGAGGGCACUUGAGAGGUUCUCAUGUCUACAGAAGAUUCCUCUCCAUGAGAAGUUCCUAUGGAGAAAGGAAGUCUGGUCCUUGGUCAUUUGUUUAAAAAAAAAUUUUUUUUUUUUUGCACACGAUUCAUACUGUAGAAAAUUCUGUGCAAAUGUGUUUUUUUUUUUUUUUUAAAUUAACGGUGAAAUUGUUUAUUCUACCAUUCAGACAUAACCACUGGUAAGUUGCCAUCAGCAGUAAGCCUUUUUUGUGACUGAACACCUCUGUGAAUUUGAACAGUUUUUUGUAGAGGUUUUCUUUUUUUUUUCCCCUUUUGUUCCCCUUUUUUAAAUUGUUGUCAGAUAGGACAGAGAGAAAUAGAGAGAAGAGGGCAAGACAGAGAGGGGGAGAGAAAGACAGACACCUGCAGACCUGCUUCACUGCCUGUGAAGCGACUCCCCUGCAGGUGGGGAGCUGGGGGCUUGAACCGGGAUCCUUAUGCCGGUCCUUGGACUUAAUGCGCUGCGCUACCACUCAACUCCCUUCGUAAAGGUUUUCUGAAAAGAAUCGCUGGGUAAAGCUCUUGCUUGAACGCUGUACACUGCCAUGUAAUCAGGAUAUAUACAGGGCACUCAGAACAUGUCAACUUUAGCAGCAAGCUGCAUUUGGUGAGGAAGGCGACCCUGAAGAAAGAAAGCCUCGGAAGGGAGCGACAGUUUGACUUCAGCUCUUUCGACACCAGCUUCUUGUCGAUCAUCAGGAGGAGUGAUAAAUACAUAUAGAAACACUUUUACAAUUUUACAGAUUUUUAAUAUAUGAGUUCAAAUCCUAUGCAUUAUCCAGGUUAUAAAAGUGGUCUUAUUCAUGCAUUUCUCUCAUUCAGGAGCGGCCUCAUUGUGUUUGAGUAUGUUGAAAAUGUCUCUAUUUCAGUGCCUUAGAAAGUAUUUUGAAAGCAGCCUUUUGCUAAUGGUUAAAGAACUAUUCUUAAGGAUGAAAUACUGUUUAUGUAAAGGGUCUGUGAAAUAACUUGUAAAAUUGUAUCACGUUUGAAUGUGUAUGCCAUUUUCAUUUGACAGUUACUCAGUUUGAGAAAGUCAGCAAACAUUUAUUCGGUGCCUUUUAGCCAAUUUUACUUUUAUUUAAUCCUCAGGAAUGUGAACAUGUGUUGUUUGAAUAGCUCGAUGGUUGUGUUUAUUUUUAAACCUUCCUUUGUGUCGAACUAGUGUAAACAUUCCUGGGCAGGAUUGUUCUUGUUGUUGUUCUCUUUCUAAAUACAAAUCACUUAAAUAAAAAAAAUUGCUCAUCAAACAAAAUCUUCAAAUAGAAGUGAUUAUUCAGGAAACUAAAAGUUUGACCCAAGGUCAUUUAUUUUUUUUUAAAGAUUUUUUAAAACUUUUUUUUUAUCAUUUUAUUUAUUUAUUUAUUGGAUAGAAACAGCUAGAAAUUGAGAGGAAAUGGGGUGAUAGAGAAAGAGACAGACACCUGUAGCCCUGCCUCACCACUUGUGAAGCUUUCCCCCUGUAGGUGGGGACUAGGAGCUCGAACCUGGGUCCUUGCGCAUUGUAACAUGUGCACUCAACCAGGUGCACCACCACCUGGCCCUUGCCCUUUGUUUUAAAUGUACAAAAGUUCCACACAGGUAAUUUGUAGUCAUUGUCGAAAAUUAUAAUGUGCAAGUGGGUUAAAAUGAUCAUUAAAUUGUUAAUUCACCAUUUAAAGAUAA